UUAGAAAGCAUACGAAAUGAGAAGACCCAAUUUUCUGUUUAUGCAAUCGAAAUUGAAUGAAACCCUAGAGCUCUCUUCAUUUCCCCACACACGCGACUGUACAAAUCUAACAAUUUUUCGCCUUUUUUCCAUUUGCUCAGAUACCCUUCGGAAAGUUGAUAAUUUUGGGGAUUCGAUUUUUCCAGUUUUGAUAUGAACGUGUACAGAGAUCGAGGAGGGGGCGGUGGCUCGUCCAAGGCCGGAGAGAUGUUGGAUCGGAAGCGAAUCAAUGAUGCGCUCGACAAACAUUUGGAGAAAUCGUCGCCUUCCACAUCCAGAAACAAGGGCUCAGCUGUCUCGGUGCCAUCCACCUCCGCCGCUGCCGGGAAGCACGUUGAUCCCAGGGACAGCCGUUCUUCAUCCGCCCUCACCGCCAGCAAGAACAAGCUCUCCGAAGAGGAAUCUGAAACAGACAGUGAAGAGUCUGAUGUCAGUGGUUCUGAUGGGGAAGAUACAUCUUGGGUUUCAUGGUUUUGCAACUUGCGUGGAAAUGAGUUUUUUUGUGAAGUCGAUGAUGAAUAUAUCCAAGACGAUUUCAAUCUAUGUGGAUUGAGCAAUCAAGUCCCGUAUUAUGAUUAUGCACUUGAUCUAAUACUGGAUGUAGAGUCAUCUCAUGGUGAUAUGUUUACCGAGGAGCAGAAUGAGUUAGUUGAAUCAGCUGCAGAAAUGCUGUAUGGCCUUAUUCAUGUCCGUUACAUCUUGACAAGCAAGGGAAUGGCUGCUAUGUUAGAGAAGUAUAAAAACUAUGAUUUUGGAAGAUGCCCUAGAGUCUACUGCUGUGGACAGCCAUGCCUUCCAGUUGGACAAUCAGACAUCCCACGCUCAAGUACUGUGAAGAUUUACUGUCCAAAAUGUGAUGACAUUUACUACCCUCGAUCCAAAUACCAAGGCAAUAUUGAUGGGGCGUAUUUCGGAACCACAUUCCCCCACCUGUUCUUGAUGACGUACGGACACCUCAAGCCUCAGAAGCCAACACAGAGCUACGUCCCUAGAGUUUUUGGCUUCAAGAUGCACAAGCCUUGAUAACCGAGUUCCGACAACAUGCUACUGAGCUCUUAAAUUCUUGUUCCGGCAAAUGCUUUUCUCAUCUUGGCUGCUUAGGCAUACAGAUGACGGAUGGGUUGUACUUGUAACACAAACCAGGUAAAAAUCACAGCAGCUAUUGAUGUAACCAAAAUUGCCUAGUUGAUGGAGAAGCAUUUCAUGCAUUCCCAUCAUGCAAUUGUUGUUUAAAUUCAGAGAGCAUGUAAGCUUUUUUCUUUUUUUUUGGUGAGAAUUGUCUAAAUACUUCCUCAUGUAGUCCCUUGUGCGUGUGCGCUGCUUAAUCAGUCGGACAAAUUUAUAUGGAGCAGCCUAUCGAAAUUUUUGGGUAUUCGACUUA